GCAGGGAUGCUCGUGGGGGCGCGCUGCAGGGGCGCGUACCUCCCACUGCCGGGCGGCUUCAGAAAGGAAGCUUUCUCGCCCGGGGCGGUGGCGCUGGGCAGCCGGGCUGCGUCUGCGGUGCGGGGCUACGCCGGGCAUGGGACCUCCGGAGCGUGCUGCUCUGCCGGGUUCUCCCUGGAGUUCGGUUUCCCGCAGUAAGGAGUGAAAUCUAGCUUCAGGGACACAGGACUGCGAGUGCGAAUGCUCGUGGUUUCUUCCUUAAAGGAGAGCAGAACCGAGCAGAUCGAUGAUCAGCGUCCACCGCGCCGACACCUAGGGGCUCCCCGAGAAGGCCCAGUCCCGCGUGUGUGUCCAGCACCCGAAUUUCUUCAGGACGCCAGCCCCACGGACUACGAGCCAGGACGUCUCAGAUCCUCCGUGCCAGGGUCUGUAGGAGUGAAGCGGAAUUGAGAACCCCCUCCUCCGGCGGCUUUCUGCACUUCCUUGUGACUAGAGGUCUGGAUGUAAAAUUGGGGCCCAAGUAGGUGGCUUGGAGAAGGUCUCCAAGAUCUUGCUAAGCUUCCUGUAUUGUGUUCUUCAUAAUCACAAGUCAUGAAGGACGAAGAUAAACCUGUAGCAUGUGAAGAUUGGGAGCCAUCCAAAGAGAUAAACUGCACAGCCGCAGCCCCUGCUGGGCCUCAGGAAACACAGUUACAGGAGACGGUUAUGAACCUCAGAGAUGUAGAUCGUAGUGAACCCACUGAAGGGAGUAACUUAUUGAACGGCCAUGAAGAAAAGCCACAGGAAGCUCCAGCUGAGUCAAACUGUCUGCAAAGACUGAGACAAGCACUGGCCUGCCCUCCUCAUGGCUUACUGAACAAAGGUGUCACACAUGUCAUCAUGGCAGUCCUUCUGUGGGCUGUCGUUUGGUCCAUCACCGGCAGUGAGUGUCUCCCGGGCGGAAACCUCUUUGGAAUCAUCAUCCUGUUCUACUGUGCUAUCAUUGGAGGAAAACUUUUGGGGCUUGUUAAGUUACCGACACUCCCUCCACUGCCGCCUCUUCUUGGCAUGCUGCUGGCUGGGUUUCUGCUCAGGAACAUCCCGGUCAUCUGUGACAACGUGCAGAUUGAGCACCGGUGGUCUUCCUCCCUCAGAAGCAUUGCGCUGUCUGUCAUACUGGUGCGCGCUGGCCUUGGACUGGACUCAAAGGCCCUGCGGAAGCUGAAGGGCGUCUGUGUGCGCCUGUCCCUGGGUCCCUGCACUGUGGAGGCAUGUGUAGCUGCUGUUCUUGCCCACUUCCUGAUGGGUUUGCCGUGGCAAUGGGGAUUUAUACUGGGUUUCGUCCUAGGUGCUGUGUCCCCAGCUGUGGUGGUGCCUUCUAUGCUGCUUCUGCAGGAGGGAGGCUACGGGGUGGAGAAGGGGGUCCCCACCUUACUCAUGGCUGCGGGCAGCUUCGAUGACAUCCUGGCCAUCACAGGCUUCAAUACAUGUCUGGGCAUAGCCUUUUCCACAGGUUCCACCAUGUUUAAUGUCUUCAGAGGUGUUCUGGAGGUGGUGAUUGGUGUGGCAGCUGGAGUUCUUCUUGGACUUUUUAUUCGGUACUUUCCAAGCCGUGAUCAGGCCCCCCUGGUGCUGAGCCGCGCCUCCCUGCUGCUGGGCUUCUCCAUGCUGGCCGUGUUCAGCAGUGUGCGCUUCGGCAUCCCUGGCUCCGGUGGGCUGUGCACUCUAGUUACCGCCUUCCUGGCAGGCUUGGGAUGGAGCGACGAAAAGGGUGAGGUUGAAAAGAUAGUUGCUGUUGCCUGGGACAUUUUCCAGCCGCUUCUUUUUGGACUGAUUGGAAUGGAGGUAUCUGUUGCAUCUCUCCAACCAGACACUGUCGGCUUCUGCGUUGCUACCUUGGGUGCUGCAGUGCUGAUACGAAUUGUGACCACAUUUCUCAUGGUGUGUUUUGCUGGCUUUAAUAUAAAGGAAAAGUUAUUUAUUUCUUUUGCUUGGCUUCCAAAGGCUACAGUCCAGGCUGCAAUAGGAUCAGUGGCUCUGGACACAGCACGGUCCCAUGCAGAGGAGCAGUUAGAACGUUAUGGGAUGGAUGUGUUGACAGUGGCCUUUUUGUCCAUUCUUAUCACAGCCCCCAUUGGAAGCAUACUUAUCGGCUUGCUGGGCCCCAGGUUUCUCCAGAAGCUUGAACAUCAAAACAAAGAUGAAGUUCCUCAACAGACUUCUGUGCAGUUUUAGAGGUGAAAAGAAGAAAAUGAUGAACAUAACGUUCAGAAAACUGUUACCAGAGGCUAGUUCUAGCAGGUUGUAUUUUGAAAUGUGUAAUGCUUAAGUCUAAAAUAUUAUAGAAUCAAAAGUGUGCCUACUUCUUUAUGUAGCAGCUUGAGCCCUUUCCCUUAGCACCUUGGGUAUUAUAUUCUAUGUCUGAUCUCUCUACCUUCUUGCUUUCUUUCCCCAAACACUUCCUUAUUUUAUAUCAUUACUCUUCGAUGCUUAGAUCCAUUUUUGGAAUACCCAUAACAACAGAACAUAAUGAAAUAUGUUCUUUUCAACUUCUUGU